UGCCUCCUCCCCGGGCGCCCCUUCGGCCUGGCUCUGCGAUCGGGCCGGGCGGGGGCCGCCCGCACCCGGACCCGGACCCGGACCCGGCGGGAAACUUUGCGGGGCCCGGGAGCCGGAGCCGGGGGCGUGACGGAGCGAAGCCGCCGAGACGGGAAGCCGGGCCCGCGCCAUGUGGCCGCUGCUGGGGCCCCUCUGCCUGCUCCUGAGCGGCAGCAGUGCCCCCGGGGAGAGCCAGUUGUUGCCUGGAAAUAACUUCACCAACGAAUGCAACAUCCCAGGAAACUUCAUGUGCAGCAACGGACGCUGCAUCCCCGGGGCCUGGCAGUGUGACGGGCUGCCUGACUGCUUCGACGAGAGCGACGAGAAGGAAUGCCCCAAGCAUAAAUCGAAAUGUGGCCCUACUUUCUUCCCCUGUGCAAAUGGCGUCCACUGCAUCAUUGGCCGCUUCCGGUGUAAUGGGUUUGAGGACUGUCCAGAUGGCAGCGAUGAAGAAAACUGCACAGCAAACCCCUUGCUGUGCUCUACAGCCCGGUUCCACUGCAAGAACGGUCUCUGUAUCGACAAGAGCUUUGUGUGCGACGGUGAGAAUAACUGCCAGGACAACAGCGAUGAGGAAACGUGUGAGAGCCCUCAAGAGUCGGGCAGUGGACAGGUAUAUGUGACCCCAGGGAACCAGCUGUUGUACUACCCCAGCAUCACCUACGCCAUCAUCGGCAGCUCAGUCAUCUUUGUACUGGUGGUGGCGCUCCUUGCCCUGGUCCUUCACCACCAAAGGAAGCGAAACAAUCUCAUGACCCUGCCCGUGCACCGGCUCCAGCACCCCGUGCUGCUGUCCCGCCUGGUUGUUCUGGAUCACCCGCACCACUGCAGCGUCACCUACAAUGUCAACAAUGGGGUCCAAUAUGUGUCCAACCGGGUCUACCACAACUCCGUGGACCUGGAGUCCCCACCAUCCUACUCGGAGGCCGUCUUGGACCAAAGCCGACCCCCAUGGUUUGACCUUCCCCCUCCUCCUUAUUCUUCGGAAGCUGAAACCUUAAGCCAGAUGGAGCUGCCUCCUUACCGCUCACGGGCUGGCAGCACAGCCAGCGCCGAGCCCCCAGGGACUGGAAGCCUCCUGGGCCUAGAAGACGGUCAGCCUCGAGGCAAUGCCAGCAACCCAGACCAGCCCUGCGUGCCUCAUGAGAGACCACCGGAGCCUAGUGACUCUCUGCUCAGCUCCACAGCCAGGCGGGAUAUGUAAACUGCAGUUAUUUAAAGUUCAUAUAGGUUCCUCUGCUGGGGCUUGUUACCAUGUUAAUCUCGUCAUGCUCUUUAGUGGCUGUCAAGGAGACGUGUUAAAGGGCUGAUUUUCUUUUCAUUUUUUAGGAGGCUUGGUAUUUUUCUGACACCUUGGUAGACAUGUUUUAAGAUUUUUACUGGAACCUGAUAAAUACCUAUUUGUCACCUGUAGUCUCCCUUAGGUUAUUUUGUUGGACGCAAAUUAAGUUCCGGCUUAGAAAAUCAGACGCAACAACUCACAUCUCUCCUGCUUUCCGAUGCUGUCGUUGGAAUCUUAUGAAAGUCUGGACGUUUUUGACAGCAAGAGAGAACAGUGUUUGGGUAUCUUGGUGAGAGGUGGUAUUUAAAUGCCAGGUACUCUGCUUUGGAGAACAGAAAACCUCCACCAAAAUGAUACUUGAUUGUGCCACUGCCACAGUCUUCUGGUUUGGGCAGCAAAUGCUAUCAGGGAGAAAUAUUAGAGGCAGAUAUUUACAAACAACCGCUAUUAUUAGGACAGUUUGCUCAUUUAGGAAUAAAUUCCAGAGUUACUUUUUUCUGGCUUGUUUUUGAACUAUCUAUUUUUCAUUAGCAUUCAUUAGAAGUAUAAACUAAGUGCCUGGUCUUAUAAUAGGUGCUCUGGGUUGAGGUCACAGAAAAUCAGUAGGAUAAUCUCUUGUCCAUUGUGGACAGCUGAACAACAUUGGAAAACCUUCAGGUGGGGUUCAUUCCACAUUGGAAAUCUUUUUAUAAGAUAUGUGGUUUGGGGGAAUUCCUGCAAUCAUCAUCAUCAGCAUCAGGAAACUUUUUAAAGAGAACUCAGCACAAAGCACUCUUCUAGGCAUUAGAAAGUGCAAAGUGCCCUAAGUAGUACUAAGAAAUUGGUAGCUAUGCUGGUUUCCAUUGUCCUAUGUAUAGGCAUUUGCUACUCAGCCAGGCAUGCCUAUACCUCACAGUGGGCAAGGAGGCUACUUUCCUUUGUCAUAUGACCAGCUUUUGGUCCAGACUGCCCGAUUCCAUUUAAGCGCAGCAGCUGAUUAUACCAUUCCUCAUCCAGAUCAGUGGCACUCAAAAUCUAUGUUCCUGGAUAGCCAUUCAAGUCCCAGAACCCUUGGACUGGAGCCGUGAGUGUAAUGAUUUGGAAACCCUAGACCCCCGUGACAGCAAAAAUUUAGUAAGUGGGAACUCCUGGUAGCCAGAAGGCUCUUUCUCUGUGUCCAGGAUUGCCUGCUCUCAUAUGCAGGGUCUAAAUAGUAAUGGUCCCUGGUCCCAUGUUUCCUCUCUUCAUAUGCUGAUGGGUCCUGGAUCUCUCCCUUCUUCCCCCCCCCCCCCCCCCCCCA